AUGAAGGUAUCAUGGGAUCGCGCCAUCCGAUUCAUCGCCACUGAUGGGCGAACAUUGCGAGGACAACCAAUCUUACCAACACCUGACUUUGACCUCGGCAGGACAGAUGAAAGCACUAAACUGCAAGCCAAAGUUAUCGCCGGUAAAGAUCUCUAUGACACGUCUGGGCAGACAUCUGUGACAGGCGAAGUCGUGACCGUAAAGACACUUCUAGGACCUGUAGAACCAUCAGAGGUUCCAAUCAUCAGGUGCAUUGGACUGAACUACGCAACCCACAUUCGUGAGACGGGAAGAAAACCACCAACAUAUCCGUUCAUGUUCUGCAAAGGGUCCCCUGCAGUUUUGGAUCACGGCGCAAACGUUGUUGUGCCAAAAGUUGCUCAGGACGACCAAGCAGACUACGAAGGCGAGCUAUGCGUGGUACUUGGAAAGGAUGCCAAGGAUGUCUCUGAGGCUGAUGCUCUCGAUUACGUUGCGGCUUACACCGUAGGUAACGAUAUAUCUAGCCGGAAGCUGCAGCGUGACAGCACACUUGCAGGCCCUGUGCCACAAUGGGGCUUCUCAAAGGGCUUCGACACUUAUGCGCCUCUUGGCCCAGUAUUGGUCAGCUCGGCUCUCAUCCCAGACCCAGCUAAAUUGCAGCUGAAGACGGUCGUCGACGGAGAAUUACGACAGUCUUCUGGGCUAGACGACCUGCUUUUCAGUGUCCCGUACCUCAUCUCUUAUCUCUCCACGGGCACGACCCUCCAGAAAGGCUCCAUCAUUAUGACUGGUACACCAGGAGAGACUGUCGCAGGAGUUGGUGCAGGACUGAAGCCCCCUCGUUAUCUUGUCCCUGAGACCAGGAUGGAGGUUAGUGUCAGUGAGAUUGGAACACUUCGUAACGGGGUGGAGUUCGCGUGA